CACGGGUGUAGGUGCUUUGCGCUUGUGGUGUCGAGGAUGAAGUACUGAGGAACUCCCAGAGGGAUUCAAUGUCGGCCCAGAAUUGGCUCAUUUUCGCUCUACUGGACUCUACAAUGCUGGCAAGGCCAUCCAGAAGGACAACGAGAUCCUUAAGUCCUCACUGGAGGCUUAUCGCUCAGCCUAUGCCAACCUCGCCCAGGGUGGCCCGGUGACUGAUCCGGAGAGCUUCCUGCGGCAGGGGCCACGUCCCCCGCCCCUGCCAGGUGCACCACCUGGCGUGCCACCUCCACCGCCAGCACCAGGCCAACGCUUCGGCCUGGCCGUGCCAGCGGUGCUUCCGCGCAUCCCAGGGAUGCAGCCCUCCGUGUGGUCAUCCCUCUUACAAGCUGGUUUGCAAUUGCCGGCCGAGCUUGCUGAUGGCGCUCCGGAGACGGUGUGUUCCCUCUACUGCCAAGUGGUGGAGGCUCUUGAGGAGCUCUCCCGAGAGCGCACCGUGCGAGCGCAUCUUGGGGAGGAAGUGGCCUCCUUUCAAGAGAAGUAUGACCGUCUCUUAGCUGAGCAAGAGGUCCUUUACAAGGACUAUUUCGCUCAAAAAGACCAGUGGCUUCGUGAGAGGAAGGAACUCGAGGAGCGGUUGCAAGCGCAGGGGAACCUCUACAUGGACAGCAUGAAGAAGUGUGAGGUCCAGGAGGAGCAGCUGAAGAUUUGGCAACGUUUGGAGGUGGGCGGUCCUGAAGGCGUCUUGCGUGAGGAGUUGAUGCAGGCCAUGACCCGUUGCGCGGCGCUGGAGCAGAACGAGAGUGUCUUGUCCCGGAAGUAUGAAGCUGAGAAGCAGAACCAUGGCAUCGUCAAGGACGCCUUCGACACGAUGCAGAAGGACUUUUUGGAGCGGGAAGGCUUCCUGAAAGAACGCUUCUCGAAGGCCAUCCUCUGGAAGCGGCGCUCGGCCAAUGCCCUGCGCAUCGCACGGCGGAAGAUUCAGAGCAUGGUGGCGGGCAGUGACUUCGAACGAGCCCAGCAACAGCUUCAGGUCUGUCGUCAACGGGAAUUCGACCUCUCCAGACGUGUCACCGAGCUGACGAUGAAGGUCUCACAGCAAGAGGACAAGUUGCGAGACAUGAUGGACCUGCAAGAUCGCUGCCGCAGCCUGGACCAUUUGGUGCGCGAGACGGAGCAGGAAUUCACGGUGCUGCGCCGGCGCCUGCAGCAGAAGGAGCCUCGCUUCGCCGCGGAGUGUGGCCUUUUUGCGCGGCUCACGGCGGAGCUUCAACGAACUUUGGGUUUUGCAGGCAGCUUCGAGGCGGCCUCACGAGCACUCAGCUAUAGCGAGGCCCGUGUGCUGGGCGAGGACAAGACGGAGCAGGUGCAGGUCCUGAAUGUCGAACUCUCCUUAGAUGAGAAAUUACGCAAGUUGGACAGCAACAAUGACGGCUUCAUCGGCCUUCCGGACUUGCGACGCUUCUUGGAAGGUCUAUCGAUCAAGAUCAAGGACGAGGAGAUGCAGCUCCUGGCAGACGCACUUCAUCCCUCUACGCCCUUGUUGCCCUCCGUGCCACCACCGGCACCCCCAGGGCAGCCGAGUCCGCCGCCCCCCAGCCCUCCAGCGCCAGAAGAGAAGGCCUCGGCCUCCGUCUCCAUCCUUGGCAUCGUGGGACGCUUCAGGCUCUUUGGUUUGCGCGCGUUGGACCCGGAGGAGCUCUUUUGGUGCGCCUGGCAAGCGCACCUCUUGCGACGGCCGGAUCAGCCUCUUGGCCGCGAUGGGGAGAAGGGUUUCACUGGCGAC